AUAGUGGGUCGAGGACGUUGUUUAGUUGAGAGGAUUCUCUCUUGAAACAAAGUCAUUUGUUCUAGUGCAUUGCUUGGAUGAGAGGCCUUAUCGGAGUUUGGGUUGACUGGUGACGGGAAGAGUGCGGCGCGGGUGAGCAUUGACAGCCAAGUCUACAAGUCUGUUUGAGCAUGGCCUUGAAGGAAGAUGACCGCAAUAACAACGGGGAUAGAGAUUGUUACGUGGACAGAGCAAGGCGAAACUGUUCAGAAGUCUGUGGAGUGGAUAUUGAUUGUGGAGAAACCAUUCCUCACUUCGACCGAAGGAUCUGGGGGCGUAUUACUACUUGGGCAGCAAUUGCAUGAAGCACA